AUGCCUCCAUCAACAAUGAGAGCAGUAGUGCUCAAGGGCGACUACGAAGUUGCCGUCGAGGACCGCCCAUACCCAAAGUUGCAAAAGCCGACUGAUGCUAUCUUGAAAGUUACCAGCACCGCGCUCUGCGGCAGCGAUCUGCACUUCUACCGAGGUCAUCUCAAAUGCCCGCCAAACUUCAUCUGCGGACACGAAUUCGUCGGCGAGAUCGUCGAGAAGGGCGACGAAGUCAGCAACUUCAACAUCGGCGACAAGGUCGUCGUGCCCUUCUAUACGGCCUGCCAGGAAUGCUACUAUUGCGUCCGCGGUCAGGCUUCCCGAUGCAGCAAAGGUGAGCUCUUUGGGAACAGUGUUCCUGUCAACACUGUGGAUGGUGGCCAAGCGGAGUACGUACGAUGCCCGCUCGCAAAUACUACCUUCGUCAAAGCACCAAAAACCAUCCCGGAGGAGAUGCUUGUGCUUAUGGCGGACAUCUUCCCAACUGGUUACUUUGCCGCUGCCCGCUUCCUCAAGAACUUGAAUGAGCGGGAUCGAAAGGAAAGCACGGCUGUCGUGAUCGGCUGCGGGCCAGUUGGAAUAUGCGCAAUCACUUCUGCUCUGACCAUGGUGGACACUGUGUACGCUAUUGACUCCGUCCCGGAGCGUUUGGCGGAGGCAGAGAAGAUUGGCGCGAAAACGUUGAAUCUCAACGAUAAUCCCGCUUCCAAGAUUAAAGAAGCUUCCGGCGGGCGAGGGGCCGAUGUAGUCAUCGAAUGCGUUGGCCAUGCGGACGCGCUCUACCUCGCUAUCGACAUGAUCCGGCCGUUUGGACAGAUCAGCUCUAUCGGCGUCCAUACCGAGAAGUGGGAAAUUAACGGCUUGCUCAUGUACGGCAAGAAUGUCACAAUGGCAUUCGGCCGUUGUCCUGUCCGCUCAAUCUUCGAGGAUGCUCUGAAAGUACUGGUCCAGGAACAGAAGAAGGUGGCGUUCCUGUGUGGGAAGACGAUGUCGCUUGAGGAAGCGCCACAGGCGUACAAGGACUUCGAGCAGCGGAAAGUGCACAAGAUCGUGUUCAAGUUCGAUGGAAAGACGGGCGAGUCGAUUGCGGACAAGGUCUAG